AUGACUUAUUCACCAGAGAUUCUUUGUGAACUACAAGAAAAUACCGAAUCUAUUCGUAACAUAUGUAUAUUGGCUCAUGUAGAUCAUGGUAAAACAACAUUAGCUGAUGAUUUACUUGCUUCGAAUGGAAUUAUUUCAACACGUUUAGCUGGUAAAUUACGUUUAAUGGAUAGUCUCGAGGCUGAACAAAUUCGAGGUAUUACAAUGAAAUCUAGUGCUGUUUCACUUGUUCAUCAAAAAGAUGAUCAAAAAUAUUUAAUCAACCUUAUUGAUACUCCUGGACAUGUUGAUUUUUCAUCAGAAGUUUCGACUGCAGUUCGUCUUUCUGAUGGUGCAAUUAUUCUUAUCGAUGCUGUCGAAGGAGUUUGUCCGCAGACUUUAGCAGCUCUUCGACAAGCAUGGCUUGAACAUUUACGUAUUAUUCUUGUUCUUAAUAAAAUUGAUCGUUUAAUUGUUGAACUUAAAAUGAGUCCAAUGGAAGCUUAUUUUCAUAUUCGUAGUAUUCUUGAACAUUUAAAUGCUGUUGUUGCAGAACAAUUUGCAUCAUUAUUAUUAGAAAAAAGUAUUGAUCAAGUAGUUGUAGAAGAGGUCAAAAAUGAAAAUAAUAAUGAUAAUGAUGAUGAUGAUUGGACACGAAAUGAAUCUCAAAUGUGUUUUUCACCACAUUAUAAUAAUGUACUAUUUGCUAGUGCAUUAGAUGGUUGGGCAUUUGGAAUUCAUCAUUUUGCAGAUUUAUAUGCAAAAAAAUUAUCGAUUAAACGUGAAGUAUUAAUGAAAACAUUGUGGGGUGAUUUUUAUUUUGAUAAAAAAAGUAAACGUGUUUAUAAAGGUGCACAAGGUAAAGGUCAAAAACCAAUGUUUGUACAAUGUAUUCUUGAAAAUCUUUGGAGUGUUUAUGAAACAAUUAUAAUUCGACGAGAUAAUGAAAAACUUGAAAAAAUUGCUACAUCAAUUGGUGCCAAAUUAACUCCACGAGAUAUUCGACAUACUGAUCCAUAUGUUCCAUUACAUCUUCUGUUCAAUCAAUGGUUACCUAUUGCUCCAGCUGUAUUUGAUAUGGUUGUUGUUCAACUUCCACAUCCAAAAGCAUUAAAUAUUGAAAAAAUUGAACAAUUAAUGUGUAAUAAAAGUCGUCGAUUUGAUACAUUAUUACCAGAAACACAACAAUUAAAACAAGCAUUUAUUAAUUGUUCAAGUGAUGAUCAUGAACCAGUAAUAAUUUAUGUAUCAAAAUUAUUUUCUGUAAAUCAAAAUGCUUUAUCACAAAAUAAAUAUAAACCAUUAACUGCUGAAGAUAUAGCACAACGGCGUGAACUUCUUAGACAAAAACAACUUGAUAAAACGACAAUAAAUGAAGAAUCAUCAAAUAAAGAAAUUAUAGAAAAAGAUCAAACUAAAACAGAAAAUGGCACUAUGAAUCCAGUAGAAACAGAAUCAAAUGAAAAUAUGUUUCUUGCUUUUGCACGUGUCUAUAGUGGACGAUUAAAACGAGGACAAAAAAUUUUUAUUCUUAGUCCUCGUCAUGAUCCAACAUUAUUUGUUGGAAAGGUAAAAUUGAUUAU